AUGGGUGUGUUUAAUUUAGUGUUUCAUCAUGGGGGAAGUUUCGUGCAAGACGGCCAUACGUAUUAUAGAGGAGGUAGUGAGACUACUGUUGAAGGUCAGGACGAAGAUAAAUGGAGCUUUUUUGAAGCUGUUAGUCUGGUUAAAGAUUGGGGUUAUGAAGGUUUUAGGCUAUGGAGAAAGAUUCCGCAAAUGGAUGAAGGGUUUACAAAUGUUGUUGAUGAUGCAGGAGUUGUAGAAGUUGCUAAGCAUUGUAUGUCUUGUAGGGUUCACGACGAUCUUUGGGUAGAGCACGGUGUAGAAGACAUGAUGACCAAGGUUCUGGUACCUAAUGUUGAUGACUUCAGCACCUCUAGUGGAGAUGAUAGUACUGGUGACUAUGUUGAUGCAAGCCAAUGUUUCAAUGACAGUGAAGAGGAAAGAGUAAUUGACGUUGAAGAAGAGCAAUUUGAACAAGUGGAGGUAGCUGUUCCAGUUAGUGGGAAUAGGGUGGAGAUCAAAGGGAAAUCAUUGAGAUUCAAGCGUUGUGCAUCCAAGGAUCCCAAAAAGAUGAAAGAAAAGAGCAAAAGGGACAAGGUCAGUGUUUCUGAAUAA